GAGUUGGCAAGGGUCGUCGUCUUCGAUCAGGGUAAGAGCUACUGUUCUGCCUGCUCGGCAGUUAAGCUGCUUACAUCCAAUCACCUAAUCUUCCACUUCCCUCACCAUUUUACCAUUUUUUUUCUUAAUCCAUUUACGUCAUAAGAUGCCUUCUUCGAGCUCUCUUCUGCUUGUCUGUUUAUUGAUCAUGACCAGAAGACCUCUCUAUCAGUUUCAGAUUUAAGGAAGAACCGAAGGAGAAAGGGAGAAAGGGAGAAAGAGAGAAUGCCGCUUGCUCGGGUCGUUGUGAGGAAUGAGUAUGGUUUGGGGGCUCCAGAGCUCUACAAUGCAGCCAACGGAGAAGAUCCGAAGGCUAUUCUUAACGGAGUCGCCAUUUCAGGGCUUGUCGGGAUUUUGCGACAGUUGGGCGAUCUAGCUGAGUUUGCAUCAGAGGUUUUUCAUGACUUACAGGAGCAAGUGAUGGCCACAGCUUCUAGGAACCAUAAAAUGAUGGUUCGUGUACAACAAAUAGAAGCUGCACUCCCUCCUCUCGAGAAGGCUGUUAUGUCCCAAUCAAGCUGCAUACAUUUUGCUUAUACAACCGGUUCUUACUGGCAUCACAAAAUUCAAACAGAACAAAAUCAUCUUAUCUACAGUGACCUGCCACAAUUCAUUGUGGAUUCUUAUGAAGAAUGUCGUGAUCCACCAUGUCUCAACUUGCUUGACAGAUUUGACAGCGGUGGUUCAGGAGCAUGUAUGAAAAGAUAUUCAGAUCCAUCCUUUUUUAAGAGAGUACUGGCUAGUUCGGUAUCCACAGAUGCUGAUAAAGUUCAAAGAGAAAAUAAGGCUCAUAAAAGUAAGAAAAGAGGAUCAAGGCACAGGAAUGGAGAAAUCUCACGUGUUGGGUCAAUGCCCCGUCACAGUGGAAGAAUGCAAUUUGCUUCCCCAAAAAUAUACGGCCAAAGAUCUGCUCCUGAGACAGUCUCUUUGUUCAAUGUGAGAUCAAAUUCAGAACUGCACGAUCGUUCAUCAUCUUUUGAUUCAAGAAAUAAAUCAAGUUUUAUGGAAUCUGUUUUUGAUGGAAGUUCUUCCAUGCGGACCGACAAUGAGGGAAACAACGUAUUUCUUACUUCAAGGUUGAAGAUACAGUGCACUGAAACCCUUGAUUCUGUUCUUCCUGAAAAACAAAAUGGACCUGCAGUUGAUGAUUUGCCACAUAGCUCAUUGAAAGAGCAAAGCACCACCAAUACAUCUAUUGCUACUUGGGAUGAAAAGUCAGAAAUAGUAAAAUCUGAGAUUCAACAAUGUGACAGUAUUAUUGAUGACCAGUUUGAAGCUUCAGAGUUGCACCCGGUAAGCUCUGGAAUCAGUAAGUUGGGAAAGGAAACUUCAAUUCUUGGAUAUGCUGAUUCAGAAGAUGUCUUGUUUAUUGAUGUAAACAUGCCAAAAUCAGUCUCUGUUGGGAAUCAGUUUGAUGAGAUUGAAAGUGAGCUAGACAAUUACAUGGAUGCACUUAAUACUAUGGAUUCAGAAGUUGAGAGUGACUUGGAGUGCCAGACCAAACGAGAAGUAGAUUUCACCUCAAACUUUGAAAAUACUCAAGUGGAAUGUGAAUCUGCCAUAAUGGAAAAGAAUGGUCAGAAUGCAGAUUCAUUUGAUACUGAGCAUUGUACUGCAUCUUACAGUCCCUUGAACAAAAAAAUGUCUCAGAACUCUGUCAACUUGAUAGCUGUGGAGUGUUUGCCCCAUCCAGAGGCACCGCAAAUUACUGGGAUGUCUUGUCCUAGUCCAGAUGGCCCAGCGAGAACCGACUUUUGUGAAAAUAAUGACAUCCCUAAUGUUUCAAGAGAAAAUGGGUCUGGGUCUGAAUCAGUUAGCUCUGAUCCAUCACCCUCCAGCAUUCCCAAUUCACAUGCUCCUUUUGGUGAUAAGAUUGAAAGCAGCCUGUCCAACUCUCAAGAAUCGCAUAUUGAAACUCCAAGUACAUCUCCAAAUAAGUUUUGGACAAAUGGUGGCUUGUUAGGACUUGAGCCAUCAAAACCUCCAGAUUGCAGUUUAUCAAAUGUUCCAAGUCAGACUUCUCUGGGUGAUAUGAAUGAUGGCUCAUGUAAUGUUUCAAGACAUGGUGUUAUGCCAAUAUCCCAUUCUGAUGAAUCUGUAGGGAAACUAGAAAAGGAGCUGGACUCUGUUGGAGGAAUAUUUAGAUCACCUAAUAUUGUCCACACAACUGAGGUUCACUUGGUCAGAAACGUGGAAAACAACAUGGUCCAAAUAAUCAAUCAAUCUCGAAGCUCCAAAUCAGGCAAUGAUAACCAAAAUGAUGAUGACUCCAGGAAAAAGGUUCCUUGUGAAUCCAUUGUCCCAGAGACCAAUCUUGAGAAAUCUGAAGGUUCACAUCAUAGCAUCUCUAGUCAUGCACCUGAGUUGCCAGUUGCACCAGUUGUCAAAACCCCAUUUGACGAAGUCCACCGAAAAAAUACUGAGAGUUCAUCCAAUAUGUAUGAUCUUGGCCACAGAUUACUGGUAAAUGGUUUCCGAAGGAAAGCAUCACUUGAUGAGACAUCUGAACCUGCUUGCUUGGUGAAAGUUGGUCCAGUAAUGUUGCAGGACCCUCUUUGCAAUGAGCAGAUGAAAGGGAAAGCCAGAGUUGAACAUCAAACUGCUCUUGAAACAACUCCAAAAGAAGAAACUGAUUGUGAAUCCCCGGAAAAUUCGCCUUCCUCACCACCAUUAGGACAUAUGAAGAUCUCAUUCCACUCUAUAAAUGGCUUUGAGACUUCCAAACUGAAACUAAAAUUUCCUGAUAGAAGUUAUUUCCAUGAAAAUAUUAGAGAUGUUAUAUUUCCUUCAUUCCAGUUACUUCCAGAGCCUUCCACUCCAAAGCAGGAUAUUGAUUCGGAGUCUGAUGAUGACACAUUCUGUAGAUCAUCUCCAUGUAUGCCUGAAGAUAUGCUUAGCCAUCAUUCUGAAUCAAGUUCUGAGCAGUGGGAAUCUGGUGACUCCACUGGAAGUAAGGGCCAUGAAGUACAUGAUGCUUUACACAGAGUCUCGUCAACUGAAUCCAUCUCUGCCUCCUUGGAACUGCAGGGGCUGAUACCUUCUUAUCCUUGUUGUGGAUUAAAAGACCCAGUAACCGAGAAUGGCCUAGAACAUUUUCAUUCAAGUCCUUCACUUGAUCUUCCAAGUUUUGGUGUGUUGAAUCCUUUAAAAAAUCAGCAUGUAAGUAUAAGCAAUUCUGUUUCAAAGGAGUUCCUACAAUCACAAUUGAAGUACCCUAAUGAAACACUGGCACCACCGCCUCCACUACCUCCAUUGCGAUGGCGCACAAUGAAGCCCCACUUGGCUGUAGUGGAAGAUAAACAACGGGAGAACUCUGAAGCUGCCAAUCAUCCAAAUGAUCUGCUAGUUCCAGUGUCAAACAAUUCUCAGAAAUUCAUUCCAGCUCCACCGAAGCAACCACAUAUUAAGGAGCGCAAUGAACACCCACUAAAUAACAAGCAGAAGGUUAAUAAACACACAGAAGUUAGUCAGACUACAAAUGUGAAGGAAGUGGAUGAGAGGGAAGAUUUACUGUAUCAAAUCAGAACAAAGCAAUUCAGCCUCAGGCGUACAAUACCUCCAAGGCAGUCCAUCACACCAGAUCCGCCAACCAAUGUCAAGGUAGCUGCCAUUUUGAAGAAGGCAAAUGCAAUCCGCCAGGCUUGUGUGGGAAGUGACGAGGGAGAAGAUGAGAAGUGGAGUGAUGGUUGAUUUUAUCGGGGCAUGAUCCAGUCAUUAAAUCAUGGGCUGCCACACUCUUGUAUCUUGCAAUUGAUGAGUUCCAGGUGAACCUGUAUCAUACAUGUGAAUAACCUCAGGUCCUUUCUGUAAUUAAGUUAAUAGUGUUUAUAUUGUAUCUUAUACGGUUUUUUUUUAUCUUAUUAGUUUCAAAUUAGGCUGUAAGCAAGCUAAGAUGACUGAUCCAUCAUCAUAUGUUCUAAAUCUCUGGAUUUUAAUUUUUUUUCCUGAGAGGAAGACUAUGUGCGGCCAAUUAUUUCUUCAUAAUGCCUGAAAAUUGGGCUGGCCUUCAUGAAA